AUGAAAGUGAUUUUCCGCUGUCAACUCAUGAAUGAAUAUCAACAAAAUCAACUCCGACAUAUUAUCAGCGAUAAGCAACCCCAUAAUCCUUUUUCCCACACGACAAAACGAACUAACGUGGUGGAGAUAAAUGUUUACGAACAUAAAAGAAAAGGUUUGAAGUGCGGGGGGCUUCACGUAAUUAUGAAACUUCGGCCAUUGACACAUCUGCCAAUCAACCCGCAAAAUAAUUCUGAAGCCCAUUUCUUCAUGCUUUUGUUCUUGACGAAAAGUAUACUUAAGACUCAAGUUAAGAAGUUGAGUUUAUUUAUUUUCGAGUCACUUAAUGAUAAAACCGCUAAUGACUUGACGAUGAUUUUGGCCAAUUUCCCCAUGGUCGCCUUCAUUAAAUAUGAUGAAUAA